AUGGCUGAGCCUGCUGGGGCCUCCAGCCGUCAUGAAAAAAGUUUAGGUCUUCUAACCAGUAAGUUCGUAUCGCUCUUGCAGGAUGCUAAGGACGGAGUGUUGGAUCUACAAGUGGCUGCUGAUACUCUGGCGGUUAGACAAAAGAGGAGGAUAUAUGAUAUUACCAAUAUUUUGGAAGGAAUUGGUUCAAUAGAAAAAAAAUCAAAUAACAGUAUCCAGUGGAAAGGUGUAGGUUCUGGAUGCAACUCCAAAGAAGUAAUUGAGAAACUUAAAAGCCUGAAAGCUGAUAUCGUCAAUUUGGAUCUUAAAGAAAAGACACUAGAUCAACAAAAAGCUUGGUUGCAGCAAAGCAUUGAAAAUAUAAAGGACGAUACAGUAAACAACAAUUUUUCUUAUGUGACUCAUGAAGAUUUAUGCAAUUGCUUUCAUGAAGACACCCUUCUUGCAAUUCAGGCUCCAUCUGGUACACAACUGGAAGUUCCAAUUCCUGAAAUGGGUCAAAAAGGAAGCAAGAAAUAUCAGAUUAGUCUGAAGAGUCAGUCGGGGCCUAUACAAGUAUUCAGGGCACAAAACCUAAAUACGCCCCUACAAGUAUUGUUAAUUAAUCAAGACUCCAGUUCUUCAAAGCCAAUUGUUUUCCCAGUUCCUCCACCUGAUGAUAUUCCACCAUCCUAUUCUCAACCAGAAAAAUCAUUAACUGCAUUAUCAGCAAAGUCAAGUAAACCAUCAACAAUACAGAAAGACUGUCCACAAAAUCAAGUGGUACCAAAUAACUUUUCACAGCCUGAAAAGUCAUUACCUGCAUUUAUUUUGGAUGAACAGUUACAAACACGGUCCCAGCUUUCACAGCAAAAAGUGGCACAAGAUGACUAUUUGCAGGCUACCUUAUCCAAUACAUUAACUUCAAGUAAACCAUCAGUGAAAAAAGAAAACUUUCCACAGAAAAUAGCACAGGAUAAUACUCUGGAGGCAGGGACAACCACAGAAUAUAACUAUUAAAAUUCACAAGAGAGCUCCGCUACAAGCAGUUAUACUGGCCUUCCAGAGUCUAUUUUAUAUGCUGCCCUUGCAAAUGAUU